AUGAGUCUAAAAACUGGUCUAAAUACAGGCUUUUAUCUUAAACUCAAUGCUGGCAUUUGUAUUGUGAAUGGAUUCCAGUUUAUAACUGCAACUAGUCAUCCAAAACGAGAUCCAAUAAUGGUUACACUUGAAGGAAGUAAUGCUAACAAAUCUUUGUUAACACUUGGUAGCAGUUGGACAUUGAUGUACAAUGGUUCGAGUGGACUUGAAAGUGAUCCAGGUCGAGGCAAAAUAGGUUUUCUUCAAAUGUUCAACAAUAGUCAACCUUAUCGAAGCUAUCGUCUGUUGGUAGUAUUGAAACGAGGAGUUGAAAGUGGAGUACACUAUUCGGAAUUUGCAUUCUAUGGUCAUUCAUGUUUGCUAGGUAAAAACAACGAAGGAAUUGGUUUAAUUUUGUUUCAUUUUUCUAUCAAAAUUUUUGCUAUUGACACCUUUUAACAUUUGAACUAGUUUAACACUAUUGAAUCAAUGACUUGUUUUUUCCUAAAUAUAGAAACUCAUAGACGAACAGGAAAUAUGGUGAAGAUGACGAUGACACAACCGACAAAUGCAUAUAUGACAGUCACCAAUGACUACUCGCAGCCAUUGAUAUCAACGACAUCAAUAAAUAUGAAUAUGAAAAAUACGUUUCCUAGCCAAACGAUCGGAGCAGGUAGAACAAGUUCCGUGUCAUAUAUUAGUAGUGGGACUGGAAUAUCCCAGUCGUAUUUCGAUAUCGCUUAUGGAUCCAACACGAUGAUGGUAAAUAUGGGACAGGGAACUUUCGUUACCACUGUGAAUUUCUCCGGACCAGAAGGUCACAUAGGAGCACUACUUGCUCCGACCAAACCAUUUAGCAAAGAUAUCGAUUACACAUUCUACUUUUUCGGUGGUCCUGGAGUCUUGCCACCCUUGAUCAAUAGCUUUAUUGCUGCUAAUCUUCCAGCUAUUGUCGCGUAUGUGUCCACUAAUUCACUCUCCUUUGAUCUCAAUGAUGCUAUAAAAUUAACCAUAAAAAAACUUGAUCUAACUCCACAAUCUAUCUAUUGCAGUUAUGCUGCACUAUCGCCAGCUCAUUAUCAAGAAAACAAUCAGCAGUGGCAGAUCAAUAUAAUCCUCAACUUAAAUGGCAAGAUCUUUGCUUCUACAAUGUAUCAUGACAUGAGUAUGAAUUUUAAUGCAACUCUCGAUGCCGCUUCCAUGUUGAUGCAAGCAACAAUCAACAUCAGUGAUCAUCAAGGUUUCUCUUGUAUAGUGACACAACUGGCGUUCUCCAUUCAAAAUUUCAGUAUCAAUGACGACUUAGUAAUGCUCUUAAAAACAUUCUUCUCUACAUGGUACAAGCUUAUUGAUAGGCCUUACCAUCUAGAAAGUACACUCAACAUGAAAUACAAUAGCAUUAUCGUUGACAAAUUGAACAUCGCAAUUGGUAAUUUUAUAAAUACAACGUUGAUUCAGGAUAUAUUCAACAUGAGAUCGAUCCCUAAUAGAACAUUUCCUGAGGAUAUUUAUAAAAUGGAACAAACAAAAGCGCAUUACAGUCGCUGGAUGUCAACUCCAAAAAUCCAGUCGAAGAUCCUUUCACAGCUAAAAAUUCCUGGAACUCACAAUUCUGGAUCGUAUGGUCUAACACGAAAAUUAU